AAAAUUGAAAAUGCAGAAAUCUCAAAGACUUAUUGAAGACCUUAAGGAAAGCAAAACGAGACUAAUGCAGAGAUUCGAUUUUAAGGACAUGACGUUCUUCAUCUAUCUUCCGAAUUUUGACAGCAAGUUCAGGAAAGAUCUUUCCAAACGUAUUGAGGAGUAUGGUGGCCAAAUUGCUUUGAUUCCUAAGGCGGGGAAUAUCCUAGCCAUUGUUAGUGAUAAUCUAGUCGAAGAAAUUAUUGAGAGAAACUGUAAAAUACCUCUUCGGAAUAAUUCUAGGAUACAAAGUGGGAAGAAUGCAACGGAUUUUAGUGAUUUAAAAAGCCAAAAUAGCUAUAUUGAUCCUCAAGGCUUGACAGAUAAAGUUCUUUACAAGAGAUUUAUUGAUGAUAGUAAAUCUUUUAUUAAAAAUCGAGAGGAGAUCAGUCACCAAAAAUUUGAUGAGAUGAGGCAGAAAGCCAUCCCUAUGAUAAAAGUGAGAGAUUUAUUCUCUGUCCUGGACUACUAUGACUCCUUUACAAAGUUCAAAUGGCACAGCAAAAGAGAUGAUUGCCGCCUUUUACGGUCUGUGAUUAAUGGAAAAGGAUGUUUUAUUGUUACUUCAGGGAAGAUUUUCAUGAAACUAAGAAGAAGAAUGGAGUUCCAUCAAUUUUCAUAUAAUCAUCAAACUCAUAAAUUUGAAGUGCCCCAGCUAUCACUAGAUGCCCCUCAAGGAACAAGCAUUUUCCAGACUCCCGCUGAGUACAAAGAGACGAAGAAAAAUUCUCACGAAAUUGAGCGAAGACAUCUUGCAAAAGUAGAGAAAUUUAGGAAGAAGUGUGUUGUUACUAAAGAGCCGAUGAACAAGCACAUGAGAGAUUGUCCAAAGACCAGGAUAAUAGAGCCUAAACCAAAGAAGGACAACUUCUUUUGAUGUGUUUGAAAUGAUGACUAUAAUGACUACAUCUCCCAUAUUGGGACUAAUCAGCAUAAACUGAGCUCUUACGCAGAUAAUUUGAAGGAAUAUUAUGAGAAGAUAGACGAGAUAAACGAAGAGCUUAACUCUCAAGUAAAUCAUGGGCUUCCAAGCGAGAAUUCUGAAAUUGAUGAAUCUCCUAGAGUUGUUGAUUCCCAAGAUUUAGUAUUGGAAACUCCUGAGAGGAAGAAUAUUCAAGAUAGACUGACUAGGAUGGAUAAGAUCUUAGAUAAUUUGAUGCAAGAAAAACUCAAUAAACCAAAAUAAAUCAACCACGUUGGUCAUGAACCCUCCGUCAAAGAGAGUUUUCAAUUACCAAGAGAUCGAAGAGGAAGAAAGAUGUUACACAGCAAAAUUUAUUGAGAAACAAGAGUCUGAAGAAGCGAACCAGAGCAUGAUUUGCCAACAUCCUUCAGAGCUGGACAAAGCAAGUCUUAGUAAAAUUAAUUAUAUGAACCAAAAUCUUGGUGAGAGUAUUCCUCAGGACCAAGAGGUUUCCAUGAAUAUUGUUCAAAACCCUAUGAAGGAGUCUCCACCCAAACAUUUGUCUCUCGAGAGUGAUCUCUCAGAGAACCACGAGAGCUAUAUCACCCCACAGAAGCGGAAAUAAGAUAACUGAGUACGAAGAGGAGAAAGCCCCAGAACCCCUAGAAAAGAACAACGAAGACAAGGAGAACAAGACUCCUAAUUUCCUCAAAAACAAGGAAGCAAUUUUAGACUUGAGAGACUCUCAGAGAAAGAGGAGUCUUGAGAAGGUUAUUAAGAAUAGUUUCAAAUAAAGACAUCAAAAUUGGUGGGAGCAAAGCCAAGCUUAUACCAGUGAAGGAUUGAGAUUCCAUAUUAGCUUGAGACUCGAUCUUGAAGAAGAGCAAACUUGAAUUAGUUGGCAUCAUAGUGGCAGGAAAGAAUUCUAGUUCAGAGUCAAGCAGUGCUAAGAAGAGAGAAUGAAAAACAACCAAUAAGAACCUGGAGAGAGCCUUGGAGAAGCUUUUUCAUAAAUAGAGUAUUUUAUGCAAUUUUAUA